AUGGGAACUUAUGGAAAAGACAAGAGGCGGGCGCUGCGGCUGGCGCAGCAGCAGCAGCAGCGCAGCAGCAGCAGCAGCAGCAGCGCAGCAGCAGCAGACCUCGAACUGGGGGAGCUGCAGGACGAAGGCGCCGACAGCGACCUCGAACUCCUCAGCCUCAAGGGGCCCCCAAGCCCCAACAGAGGGGCCCCCAACAGGGGGGCCCCCAAUAGGGGGGCCCCCACUAGGGGGGCCCCCAUGGGGAGGGGGCCCCUCUACGUGAAGGUUGCUUCGAGUGUACAUACACCCCGAGAGGCAGACGCAGAGUGUCCGCGCCUUGUAGCAGCAGAAGACGACACUGACCCAGAGAGCCCUGCUGCUGCUGCUGAAGCUGCUGCUGCUGCUGUUGCUGCUGAGGCUGCUGCUGCGCAGGGUGAGCCUGCUGCAGGCUUCAGCAGCAACAGCAAGCACGAGCCCACCCCUGUGUAG